AUGAUUAAGGAGUCCAUUAAAAUCUCCAUGGAUGACUUUUCCGUGGUUGGGGAUUCUUUUGAUGAGUGCUUGGAUAAUCUUGCCCAAUUAUUGAAAAGAUGUGAAGAGAUGAAUUUGGUUCUCAAUUGGGAGAAGUGUCACUUUAUGGUUAGAGAAAGAAUCAUCUUGGGACACAAGAUUUCAGAAAUGGGGCUUGAGGUUGAUCAAGCUAAAAUUGAAGUUAUUGUCAAGCUUUCUCCCCCAAUCUCCAUCAAAGGUGUUCGUAGCUUCCUUGGGCAUGCCGGAUUUUAUAGAAGAUUCAUCAAGGAUUUCUCGAAAAUAGUCAACCCUUAUUCAAGCUAUUGGAGAAGGAGUCGAAGUUUGUAUUUGAUGAUGCUUGCUUGA